AUGUAUGGUUUAUUGGAGCAAAAUGUAUCAGGUCAUCGAUGUGUUUGGGUGAACGGUGCGGUCAUAGUGGGGGCGGGCCCUUCAGGGCUCGCCGUUUCCGCUUGUUUAAGGGAACAAGGGAUUCCGUUUGUAGUCGUUGAAAGAACCGACCACAUUGGUUCUCUUUGGCAAAAAGGGACCUACGAUCGUCUAAAACUUCACCUCCCGAAAAAAUUCUGCCAACUUCCGAAACUACCCUUCCCAGACGAAUACCCUAAGUACCCGAAUAGGAAACAAUUCAUUACGUAUCUCGAGAAUUACGCCGAGAAAUUCAACAUCAAGCCACAAUUCAACGAGAGUGUUGAGUCGGCAAAAUACGAGGAGAAAUGCGGCUUCUGGCGGGUUAAGACCGUCUCGACGUUACCGGGACCGAUUCGGUCGGAGACGGAGUAUAUAUCCCAGAUGCUUGUGGUGGCAACCGGAGAGAAUGCCCAAGGGAUUGUACCGGAAAUCGAAGGCCUACAAGACUUUUCCGGUGAAGUCGUCCAUGCAAAAGACUACAAGUCCGGCGAGAAAUACAGCGGAAAGAAAGUGGGUUUACGAGAAGAGGACUUGCAGGUGCUUCUGCUGACGCCAUCAAAAUAUCACAAGAUAUUGGGAAUGUUUGGAAACAGGAAUUAG